AUGAGGACACUGAAGACAGGCGGAGCGGUCUACGAGGCAAACUGCAUCGCCGCCGCAAAAGCCCAACUAACUCUAACCGCCCUCCCAACCCAUCACUUCCAUCCUCCCCCCUCCUCCUCCACUGCCUCAACGUCUGCCGCUGUGGCGUCUGCCACGCGCCUCAACAUGACUUACAACCAUGACACACCAACCAACACCAACAUCAUCACCGUCGACACCAGUGGUGAGGACCUGUUCUAUACCUGUCUUCAUUCCAACCGCACCUUCACCUCGCUCGUCGGCCUGAUCAGUCACUUGCGGAUCCAUCGCACAGAGACUGGCGAACCAGUGCCUGGAGCACCAACCUACACUCGUCGUAUCCGCCUCAAUUGCCCUCACUGCACCCGCACAUACAUGCACCGCAUGCGCCUAUUCGGUCACAUGCAUAUUUACGAGAGCGGAAUUAAUCGGAGGCCUGAAACACCUAGCAUGCCUAGCCCAGUUUAA